AUGCACGUGGCUUCGCCGAGUGAGGAGCUUUUCGCACGAGUCGACGAGGAUCGGCGGCGCAAUCAUGGUCCCCGCAUCGUCCUUAUUAUUUUUGCCAUUGUUAUGGAGCUGGUGAGGCUGUCGGCGGCGGCUCGGGGGCCCGAUCUCGGCGGCUUCCUGCGCGAGCUGCUCGUGACGCAGCGCUUCGCCGAUGUCGCGCUCUGCUGUCCCGGCGGCCAGAAGUUCCUCGCCCAUCGCCUCGUGCUCUCGGCCUCGAGCAACUAUUUGCAGGAAGUGCUGCUGGCGCACGAGUCGCUGGGCGUCGCCGCCGAGCCGGUCACGGUGAUCCUAGCCGAGGUCGAGGGCCCCGAGCUGGCCGCCCUCCUCGGCCUCGUCUACACGGGCAGCGCCAGCGUUCCGAGGCCCCGGCUCGAGGCGUUUCUGCGCGCCGCCGAGGCACUGCGCAUACCACUGGCCGCGCCGGAACCCGCUCCGCCGCAACUCACCGAUCAACAACAACAACAACAACAGCAAGCUGAUCACAAGCCGCAACAGCAACAGCAACAACAAGUGAAACCGACGAACAACUGCUUCGAGGAGUUGCGAUGCUGUGACUCGUGGCAGCAUCAGCCUGGCUCGUUGACGACGCAGCAACAACAGCAGCAGCAGCUACAACAGGCGGGAGGAGGACGCAGACAGCCGGUGGCAAAUCACGUGGCACCCUCGCCCUGGAGUCAGCUGCUCAGACCACCCCCGGCCCUACCGGUUACCUAUCUCCGACGGCAGCAGCAGCAGCAACGACAGCGAGCCACGGCCGACGAGACGACCACGACAACGAGUAGCGGAAAAAGGCCCUGCUGCAGCACGACCGCCGCCGCUGCCAAUCCGCCAAGCUGCUCACCGGAUCAGCCGUGUUCGUACAAUAAUGGUCGAGUUUCUAACGAGGACGCCAAGCCCGUCGUCGUCGUCGGGCCGGAAGCUGCCGCGACGCAUCCUCCGAGGCCGAUCAAGCCGGAACUGUCGCUGCCCGUGAGUCGAUUGUGCGAGCCCGAAGUAGCAGCUUCAUCGCCGCCGGUGACGUCGGUCUGCAGCAGAUCGCCACCCGCUCCCCAAAUCGUCGCGCCGAUCCCUCUGAGGCCCGUGGCCUGCGGCUUCAACGUCGAGCGCGUAGCAGCGGCACCGUCGAAACCGUCGAAGCUGAUCAACAACAACGAGCAGCAGGAGCAGCUACACCGCUGCGACCAGUGCUCCAAGAGCUUCGUCACGCGGGCCUCGCUCAAGGUGCACGUGCGCAGCCACUCGGGUGAGAAGCCGUUCCGCUGCGACGAGUGCGGCAAGCAGUUCUCGCAGCUGCGCAACUACAAGUACCACCGCUCGGUGCACGAGGGCACCCGCGAGUUCGCCGCCAGCUGCCCCGAGUGCGGCAAGUACUUCAACGACCGGGGCUACCUCAGCAGCCACAUGAAGAUCCAUCGCAAUCGCAAGGAGUACGGCUGCGAGGAGUGCGGCAAGAGCUUCAAUCAGCGCGUCGCCUACAACAUGCACGUGCGCAUACACACGGGCCUCAAGCCCCACCAGUGCGAGCAGUGCGGCAAGGCCUUCUCGCGCAAGAUGCUCCUGAAGCAGCACCUGAGGACGCACUCGGGCGAGCGACCCUACCAGUGCCACGUCUGUCACAAGGCCUUCGCCGACCGGUCCAACAUGACGCUGCACACGAGGCUGCACUCGGGCCUCAAGCCCUACCAGUGCCACCUCUGCUCCAAGGCCUUCACCAAGAAGCACCACCUCAAGACCCACCUGAAUUACCACACGGGCACCAAGCCCUACUCGUGCCCGAGCUGCCAGCUGAGGUUCUCCCAGUCGAGCAACAUGCGGACUCAUUACAAAAAGUGCGCCCUCAAGCAGCAGCAGCAACAGCAACAGCAACAGCAGCAAGUGCCUGCUACCGAUCCUUCAGUGACCAAAUCUCAAGCCCUGACCCCGCCGAACUCCGACCAGGAGUCUCCGAGUACCAUAAAGCUCCAAACGGCCACCAGCUGUAGCUAG